AAAUGUCCAUGAGCGACGUGGCACUUAUGAAGUCUCUAUUGAAUUUUCCGUCAUCCCACCUCACCCACCACCACACAUGACUGAUGACUGAAACUUUUUGGCCGUCUCAACCUAACAUAACCCACCGCAAUUUCUUUCAAUAACCACCACGUGCGAUCCAUGUCUGACGCCCUAAAAUCGCCUGAAAUCGAAACUCACCGCCAUGUCAUUCGCAGUCACUCUAUCAUCUCCCUCUCUCUUACCACUUCCCCAACAAAAAUCUCCCUUUCGUAAUUAUCCCAAAUUCCUCACAUUUCGAACCCUAAAUCCUCUCCAAGCUUCUAGAAGAAUCCCUAAUUUCCCCGAGGGAAGUGAGAGUCUUGUGGAUGAUCCUCGCAAUUGGGGCCGUAGGAUCAGUCAACAGUUUAAUGAAGAUUAUGGUGAUGACGAUGAUGAGGAGGAUGAGGAAGAGGAGGAAGAUAGGAGUUUGGAUCUGUUAGUUAGGUUUGUUGAGAACGUGUUCAAGAAGGUUUCUAGAAGAGCUAGAAAGGCAGUACGCUCCGUUUUGCCAGUCUCGAUCUCGACCAAGCUGGUUGGGUUUUCUGUUAAUGGAGUUCUUAUUCUUGCGUUUUUGUGGGUUUUGAAGGCAUUUCUUGAGGUGGUUUGCACCCUUGGAAGUGUGGUCUUUGUGAGCAUAUUACUCAUACGUGGUGUUUGGACUGGGAUAGCCUAUUUACAAGAAAGCCGCAGUCAUCGUGUGGAUGACGAUAAUCGCGCAUGGACUGGUGCUCAGCCUGCAAGUUGAUACGUCCAUUUACAUAAUUAAUUGUUUGAAAAAUAGUCCCAAACAUAAAUAAUACCAACCUUAGCUAGAGGAACACUCAGAAAGCUUUCCAUCUUUGAAAAAAAUUUAUUGUUGUAAUUGAAAAUAAUGUAGGAAUACAAGGAUGACUUCCUGUGUGAAGAUUCUGAACAAGCUAUCUUCUUUAAUAUUGAUAUAGAACUGUUUAGUAAAAGCAAGGAAAAGAUAUAAUCAGUAUGCACAAAGACAGAAAUCCGCCCUAUGUAUUCACAAUUUCACACAUCAGGUAUAACAUAUGUAUUGUUAAUUACGAAUUUUGACAA